AUGGGUAUGCGUCGCUCUUCUCCAAGUUCAACUCCCGCCACCACCUUGCCAUACCCACCUUCUCGACCACUGCUUUCGAAGGAUGCUGCCACUAUAACCCUCCGGCGAAUGUCAGGCGCUGCUUCGCCGGCGCUCGAGACUCUGGAGCUGGCUGUGGCGGCCGACUGCACAGGUCAUGCGCCUUUGAAACUCACCGGCCUGAGGCUUUACCAUUCGACCGAGAAGCUUGCUAACCUCGAUGGUUCUUAUGCGGAAGCAGGUCAUAAUCGAACAAUGUCUCCCGAAAGCGUUUCCUCUCUAUUCCCCCAGAGACCGAUUCGUCCUUUGCCGAAGCGUCGCUUGAGGGAACGCCUCUCUCCCGAGGUGGCGGACUCCAUCGACUACCCCCCUGCAAACCACAACAGUAGUCCUCUGUUCUACUACCCAAAUAUCGUGCGAGAUGAGAUGCCCUUCAGGGCAGGAGGCUUGAACGGUGCGAGUCGAGGUAAUGGAGGGUAUGGAGGAGCAAACCGAGGAACACCAGCGAUUGGAGAGAGUGACGAGGAGGAAUUAGCCCUGAGCAGCAGCAAAGUGGUUCGGCGUUCACAUCCAGAGAUACUCAACCGCGUCUCAACGAAGCCUCCGAAACCGGAACACUCCAAGCACCCCAGUCCUCAGCCGCCACCUUCGACAACAUCCUCAGCAGAUGGGUACGAAUCGUUCGAGAACACCAAUAACAAGAAGAAGAGGAAGAUUCCGACUGCUGGAGACUCGACACUAUCUGGUGUGCACUCCAUGGGUGAUAUCAACUCUAUAGGUGUAUCAACAGUCAUGUCUCCGUCAAACGACCAUGGUGACCUCGCUGGAUCGAUAUCGCCGUCAUACUAUGGGGCUGGAAGUUUUGUUGGAAACAAUCAAGGCAUCUCAGGACCAGGACGAGGCAGAUUUGGAAGAUCAAGAAAUGGCAGAAGUCCACUUAGGGCUCUAUCUGACGCAACAAACAACUGGGUGGGCAGAGGAGCCAAGAUCCGGCCGCCUCAAUGGGCAACGCCAAACGAACAUCCCGGCAUCAUUUCGAGUGCCAUUGCGAAUGCAGAAAAGGUCCACUCAGCUCCGGGUCAGGAAAACGUGAGCCUCCUCCAUCAGCAAUCCUCCAGCGUCAAAUCUAGCCCCACUGCCACUCAAUUCACCUUCACUUGCGACUCCCCAGUUCCAAAGCCUCACUGGCCCGGAACUGAUCCUGCGAUCUCCCACCCCGGAUACCCCAGACAACCCAGGCACGCCUCGAUGGCGACACAGACUACGCCAGAUGCCGCCGGCACGGAAACUGGCUCAGGCGAUCCUGCACCUGCUGGCAAGAAGGCUCCCCGGGCCAUGUCAAAGAAGAAGCGGCGUCAGCUUGCUGAGAAGGAAUUGCGUAACGCAGCCAAGUCACGUCGUCAGGAAGCCGAGGAGAAAUACUACAAAAAUCCACCCAAGCUUGAGGAUAUGUGGAUUUGCGAAUUUUGCGAGUACGAGAGAAUCUUUGGCUCGCCUCCUUAUGCCUUGAUUCGGCAAUACGAGAUCAAGGACAAGAAAGCCCGCGAGAAGGAGUCGGAGCGGAAGCGACUUUUGGAGAAGGCCAAGACCAAGGGCAGAAAGGCCAGGAAGCAAGCCAAGUCCCCCGCCAAGACAACACCAUCUCAUAACCACACCGAGGACCAAGGCGCUCAUGCUCCUAUGGGCCCCGAUGAGAGCACCUCCAGUCCUGGCGAUGACUAUCUUGACGAUUAUCCGAAUGGCAACUAUCACAACGACGAAGACUUUGAAGAUACAUACUCUCAAGACGACCCGCCGAUGUUGCUCAGCGACGACCCAGACCAAGAGUGUACUUGCCCACAUACAACCUGCAGCGAUUGCGGCGGAGACCAGAAUGAGGUGGAUGACCCCGGCGAGGCAGUUGACUGA